AUGGCGCGAUUGGCGCCAUACCGCAUGAAGAUCCCCGACUUGGUCAAGGAGCGUGUGGCUCAAACCCUCGCGAUGACCAUGUACUUGGUUCAAACCACGGGUCCCACGAAUUAUGUGAUCCAAGAGCCGAAUUCGGACAAAAAGCACAGAGUACUCAUUGGGUCUGUGCAGUCUUGCUCGUGCGGGGACAAGGAAAUCUGCUGUCACUUGCUCUUUGUCAUGCUCAAAAUCUUGCGCGUUCCAGCAUCAAAUCCAGUGAUUUGGCAACGAUCUCUCAUUGAUUCAGAGACCAACAUGGUGCUUACGGAAGGGUACAGUCAAGUUGACGGCGGUGGGGGACGCAAGCCGUUUCUACGGCGAAAGGUGCUCGAGGACGAAGCGUCCCCAGAAACCAAUGGCGACGGACUUGGCAAGGAAUGCGUUCGGCACACAGUAGUGAACGGGGAAGUGUGUGCCAUCUGCCGUGAGGACAUGAUGGAAGCGCAGCACAACUUGACGUAUUGCAAACGAGGGUGUGGCAACAACUUUCACAUCGACUGCAUGAAGAUCCUGGGCGAAAGUCGAAAGCAGGCCAAGGAAAACAUCAUUUGCCCGUUGUGUCGCCACGAUUGGGGCGACUCGGCGCUCUCGGAGCUGAAAAAGGAAGCCGACGUGUCCAACCGAAACCCCCUCGUCCACUCUGGGGCAAGUUGCAAGCAAUGCCAAACCAAACCCAUUCGGUGCCAACGCUUUCGAUGCCUCCAGUGCAAACACGUCGACCUGUGCGAACGAUGUUUCAAAUCGAAUGCGCAUGCAAAGCACUCGUUUGUGGUGCGGAAGGCACACAAAGGCACGUGGUUUCCAGCCCUUCGAACGGUUCGGUCGUCGUUGUUGAGUCCACAAGCCAUCAACGACCUCGAAGGCCGCGAACUUUCCAACGCAGACUACGACAUGCUCAUGGAGCUCGAUGCAGCGGAAAAGUACCCCCUCCAAGACUACUUGAUGGCCAAUAUGACGGGGCAGCAUAUCACAGACACAAAGGCAUGGGUCCCUGCCCAACCAAAUGCGACAUCGUGGUGCACCGUGUGUCAACAGAGUCUUCGGAUCGCCGCUUCCAUCCGCUCGCUUCCGUGCCAACACACGUUUCAUGAAAGCUGCUUGCUGCAGCAUGUGCUCAGCAAUAAGUACACGUGUCCGAAUGCCCCUGCGUGCGACCACGUACUGUUCCCAGGUCUCCACCACUUGAGCGAUGGGAAAAAGGCACCAGCUCACCCUACGUCAGACGUGACCUCAACAACCGGGUCUGGGAUGCUGCCAGCACUUUUUUCUGUGAUGCCGUUGAUGACCAAGCCUUGCGGAACACUCUUGACAUUGGAUGGACCAAUGACGCAUAAAGCUUCUGCACCAUCCAAAGGCAAGAUGGACAAAGGUUCUGGUCGACGUACGUUGCCCCGCGUAAACAACCAGCUAGAGCCCGAUCUCGUGUUGUCAGGAGGUCUCCACCUGGGUCCGAAUCAACAAAAGGAGGAGCGGGCGGUAGCUUCCAAGCCCCACCACCGACCCCUCAAGCCACCCACUAUCCCCCGCCAUCCUUGUCCACCCCCAGAUUUGUCUUCCCUCGAAGCAUCCUUUGUACUGGGAAACUCGUCAGCAUACCCGCUGCGACUUAAUCCGUUGCAGAAGGUUCCGCACACCGCCCCGUCGGCACGACUGGCCCAAGACGACAUCACUCAUCAACAGGACCGUACGCAAUCAAGCGAGAGGAAGCGACAACACGUGCAGGCCGUGCACAGUCGAAGACAAAAUCAAACGAAUCAGUCGGCGAGUGGCCGGCUUGUGCUCCCUGAGCUCACGGUCGGAAGCAGUGGGGGCCCUGUCCUCAAUCUUGCUGACGUCGACCGGCCAACGAUAGACAAAGGGCUUCAAGUGAAGAAGGCGGAGAGGGAGUUGAAGCACCGACAAGUCAAAGAGCGACGGGACCAACAGCAUUCGAUGCAUACUAGCUUCACUGGGUUGAAUUUACUGUGA